CGCGACAUAAUGUUUAAACAAAACACAAGUUUAAUCGAUUCUAGAUAAUUACGGUGCCCGUUGAAAAAUAAACAUCUCCUGUUUUGUAACCAACAAAAGAAAAAAAAAACACAUGAAGUGAGCGAAGAAGCAUAAAUAAAUACCAAAAACGGAAAUGUAACUACGAACUAAUACAGAAAAGCAAACAAAAAAAAAACAGAAACGAAAUAAAACAAAAGAAGCAACAAAAAAAAACAACACUAUAGAAGAAUCGUUCAAAUGGCGGCGUGCAACCGAUGGAGCUACUUACGCAGUCGAUACUUAAUAGUGAAAUGCGCAAAUUGAUGAACCUCUAACUUGAUUUAAGGCGAAUUCAAUCGAAAGACACAAUCAUUUUAUAAUCAAAACAAUACAACAACAAAAAAAAACAUGCGUAACCUAAUGAGCGGAGGCCGCAAAACAGUGACAAAGCGAAAAAUCUUGUGCAUUAAAAACGAAAAUAACAAGCAAACGAACGAAGUAUACAACCAGCUCAUAAAUCCAACAAGAACAUACACACACAGACACAGAUGCAAAACCAUCAACAACACGAAAUCAAUUCGACGAGCUAAUGUUACAUAAUGCGUAUAGCCAACGUAAAGGGAACGAACACAACACAGAAGAAAAACUGGUCUUGAAUCGUAGGUGGAGGAAUCAGGAGCUGGAAAGCCUCCUGCGUGAGCGGUUACACGAGACAACAAACGGUAGAUAGUUGAUCACACGAAGAAAUCAUUCUAACUGUUUGCUCUCGAUCGCGCCCCUCCCUCCACCCCCCCUCUUCCCCCAUUUAUAUCUUGAGUCACCGCCAUUAACGGGUGGGACGUGUUUGUUUUAGAACUCCUUCGCUAGUAUCGGUGUUUUGCCAGCCAAUGUACAUUAGUGUGGAUUUCGUUACUGCCAUUCUUAGUAUCAUUGCUACUACCGCCUUUCCUAGUGGGUUUUCUGUCAUUGAUUGUUAAGGCAUAAAUUGUUACGACUUGAUGUAUAAUAAGGCUACACAGGGUGCUUUAGAAAUCGGUUAAUGACUGUUUGUUGCGUGUGUAUUUAAUUUUAGGAUUCGUGUCUAGAGCAAAAAGAAAACGAGAAACGGCCAAAGGAAACAAUCGAUUCCUUCCGCAUUCCCCUUCGCCACCAACUCACAUCCUUCCACUUCAAACCACCCCCAUCCUACUCCCUCUAACCUUCCUCCCAUUCCCCAAGGCCGGGUGGAAGUUUGGUUCCGGUUUUGAAUCAAACACACGCACACACACAGCAGAAAAGGAAGGGAAGCGUACCGGAGUUACUCACUAUAUAGGCUAUUAAAAAGGGUAGUUAUUAGAGAAAUCGGCCCCAGGCACACGCAACUAUGGGCGAAACGAUCCGUGGCGGAUGCUCCCAUCCGUGCGUCCGUUUUCCCAAUUUCAGUGAGCCGCAUGGUAGUUUGUCUAUUUGCAUUCCUGCACUUGCAUGUUUGAACUCUGUGUGUACAUAGAACUGAUAAGCGAGCUUUUUUCGUUCUUAUGAACCAUCAACUGCUGAAACCAGGUGAAUAUUAGUCAAUCAUGUGCUACUGUUAACUUUACGAAACUUGUACGCUGUUACGUGACGCUAGGAAGCCAUGUCGCCACUCUCUCUCUCUCUCUCUCUCUCUCUCUCUCUCUAGGUGAUGUCGGAGGCUCUUGUCCGGUCAAUGGAAAUGAUUUCCCUGUUAUUCGUUUCGGUUCUUCCUGUUCUCUUUCGUUUUACACCGAUCUCGUUCGGUGGCACCAACUUUAUACUGCUCAAUAUGCAAUCACUCGAUAUGCUAUGUAUGGUGUUUGGCCUGGGCCCCGUGCAACCCGGUAGCCGAAUGCCGAAUGUUUUCGCGUGGGAAACGUUUUCCUGCCUUACUCGUAAGAAUGGCCUUCAAAACCGCUAGUUCACAUAAAACCGCUUUCAAUGUCUAUUGCGAAUAGAGGUACAGUACUAUUUAGAGUGUAUCCGGAAAAGGGACAUAUUCAUUCUGCCUCCCUCUUCCCCUCCCUUCCCCAUCGACACCCCUUGCAGUGGACAUGGAUUUGCUCACAUCGCAACACUACAACACUACUUAUAUCGAAUCGUUAUCGCACCGACACUCUUUCCAAUCGUACACACGUCUCUCACGCCUAGUUGCUAGUAUGAGAAAGUCCUUUUACGCAAGAGACGCCCGUAGAGAGAAGCAUGGCGUAGUGCCACAUUUGCUGUGCCGUGCAUGAUGAUGAUGAUGCCAUGAUAGCCAUCGUACUCAUAUAAAAUGCAAAAAAAAAAUGGAGAAAAACGAAACCAAACCAAAAAAAAAGUAAAAGAAACCCCCAUCAUUAAUUCACCCCAUCGACACGCACAGCUGUUACACUAUGUCUAUGCAUAUUUGACUUAAUUAGAUAGCGCCUUAGACAAGAAAUCGAACGAAAAAAAAACAAAACAAAACAAAACAACACACAAACGAAUGAUCGAAGGAGCUCGGGACAGUCAAGUUGAGUAGCAACCGUUCAGAUCGUAGGAGGCGAAGCGAAUGCGCGUAGCUUCUUUCAUUCCAACCGAAUCAACGACGGAACUGGAACUGGCAUGCAGUUUUGCAAUGUCUACCACUUGUGUUAACGCUUCCAUCGUUGAUUUUCUGGUGGACACUAUCCCCGUAGCAAAACAGUACUGACGCGUAACGCGUAACGCGUAACGCUGCAAUGAUCAACAAGAAAUAAAUCACUGUGUUCAAAUGCACUGACCUACACGAACAUAAGCGAAGCGACACUGGGCAUCUGUUUCUGGUUUGGGUGUGAGGAAAUGAUGUUGGACAAAAGUGCCGAAGUGUGAAGCAUCAUCCUACUGCGUGACAAAUAAAAACACUCUCCAGGAUAGAAUCGAAAACAGUGGCGCAGUAAAGCAAAACAAAAUGGUGGGCCUAGCCGGAUGGUUCUAGCAGCAACUACUACCGGGAUAAAUUCGGAAAGCGGAAGCACACAACACACAUGCGAUGGCAGCAGCAGUAACAGCGUGUGUGUGUGUAGUGAACGUAGUGAACGGCGAGAGAUUUAUACUUCUAGACUAGUGUAAUUAAUUUCAUACAUAUAUACAUACUGCUAAAUGGGUAACGCCAUAGAGGGAGCGGAACGAGGGAGCGAGGGAUUAGAAAGAAGAAACAACAACAAAAAAUAAACAAACAAACAAACAAACAAACAAACAAACAAACAAACAAACACAAUUCAUCCCCUGCCAGCAUGCAAGAUAUAGCGCGAUAAUUAGACAACCAUCAAGUAAGUGAAGCUACCAAGCAUAUUGAAUGAUAACAAACGCUACAUUGAAUCGAAAUAGUCGUUAUAUUUUCUAAGUGUAUUGAGAUGCAAGAUACAACAAAACUUGGCUGCCCUUUAGUUUUUUGUUCGGACAGUAGUUAUCAGUUUUUGUUUGUCGCGAUCAUUUCCAUGAUUGGGUAGCAAAAAGGAAAUACCGCGAGAACUGAGGAACUGGAUGAGAGUGUGUGUGUGUGUGUGUGUGGGUGUAUGUGUGAUGCCGCAACAACCAAUCACUUCGAAAUGCAAUAGCGCACCGCUAAAUGCGAUGGAACAGAGCAGUAAAGAUAAAGUUAACUGAACGAAUGGCCAUCGAGCGGCCAUUGAUGAACGCCAUUAUCACAGCAACAACACAACAAUAUCAUACAAUAUGUAGAAAAGGGAGGGGGGGGGGCAUGAACACACACUAGUCAGUAUUGGGCAGAGCGACACACACGCACACAUACACACACACACCCAUGAGCGCGCGCGCAGAUAGUGAUCAUGAGAGCAUGAGGAGCAUGAUUUGAAUUUAAAUUUGUGUGUGCGUAUGUAUGUAUGGAUGUGAAAAUCGAUCAAGGGUAGAAUCCUUUUUUUAUAGAUUUUUCAUAAAACUGACAACAAAAAAACCAUACAAAAAUAACUACUUCAGCUAGCGUAAAAAUUUAGUGUGUGUAAGGUAGGUGGAAAUUGCAGAACAAUUGUACAUAGGACGUCAACUAAUUCUCACAAAAUUAUCCGUGCAUUUUGGGGUACCACGGCAGCCGAGCGCGUACAGCGCGUGAAACGGGGCAGUAUUUCAUGUCAGUUAAAAAAAAAAACAACCAAAACGAUCCAUGGAAUGUGGCCAAAGCAGCAGAACCGUGCUGUGAGGGACAGGGCGAGGCGCGUUCGGCUGGCUAGAUCUGUAUAGAAAUGGUGUGAACGCUUGCAGCAAACAUUGGCUUUAGUUUCAUCCAGCAGGUAAUUGCUGAUCGGAUGAUGAUCGGUUGGAGAGGUAUACAUACAGUCGAACAUACACAUACGUAGCCAUACGGCGUGGAGUGGAUGGAGCACGUCGAUAACGUAACAUAUGCCAUCACGCCAGUUAGCAGCAGCUUAAGACAACAAAAACAACAAAAAAAAACAAAAAAAACAGGCUAGAGGAAAACAGUAAGAAAAUCAGCUAACGCAAACAGCCA